UGACAAGAACCUUUUUUUUUUCUUUAACUUUAUGCUGAGAUUUUCUUUUUGUUGACAUCCCAAUGAGGAGAUUCGUGAAUCUGAUCUAAAAAGUUCAGGUCCCCUCGCUCUGCACGUUUCUAAACUUCUAGUGCGCAUGCCCACAAAGGCCGCAUGGUUUGCUUGCAACCAAGUAGUAAUGUGAACCAGAACAAGUGGUGAUCUAAAUUUAGAAGCAUAAAGAAAGCAGCAAUUUCCCCUUCAUUUUCAUUCUCAAUACGCAGGCAAUUGUCAAAGCCCAACCAAAACCAUGUUUGGUAGUAGUUGGCAAUAGUUUCCACAUAUUUUAAGAGUCCGAUUUUGGCGUCCCUUGAGAGACUGCUUGUAGAGAGAGAUGGGUAAUGAGAUGACUUGCAUGCCUCGGAAAGAAGGGAAGGAGAUCGCUAGAUCAAGGAGCACAACUGUAGUCAGGUCUCAUAGGAAGAUGAGCACCGAAGAGGAGGCUCUGCACAUGCAAGCAUUAGCAAUCGCCAUGCAACAUCAUUCUCAGAGGUUUGAUGGGUCCUUGUCAAGGAGGAUCUCGGGUGCCAAUGGGAAGCAGAACCUUCCUGGAGUGACCAGUUCGAGGAGGAGGAACCUGCCAGAGUCUUUGUCUCAUGAGAAGUUGACGCCAGACAUUAUUGACAAUAUGGAAACAAAGAAGUUUGUUCUAAUUCAUGGAGAAGGAUUUGGAGCUUGGUGUUGGUACAAGUCCAUUGCUUUUCUGGAAGAAGCAGGAUUUCUUCCCAUUGCACUGGAUCUCACUGGAUCAGGUAUUGACAACACUGACACAAGCAGUAUAACGUCAUUGACAGAGUAUGCGAAACCCUUGAUAGACUACCUGUCGAACUUACGCGAAAGUGAAAAGGUUAUUCUGGUUGGACACAGCUGCGCAGGAGCUUGCGUAUCUUAUGCUCUCGAGUUGUUUCCGAAGAAGGUUUCUAAAGCAGUUUUUCUAAGUGCCGCUAUGGUGUCAAAUGGCCAGAGGCCAUUUGAUGUGUUUGCUGAAGAGCUUGCUUUCGCAGAUAUCUUUUCACAAGAAUCACAGGUAUUGAUUCAUGGCAAUGGUAAAGGCAUGCCGCCUACAGGACUCAAGCUGAAAAAACACCAAAUCAAGGAUUUGUACUUUAAUCAGAGCCCUGCUAAGGAUAUUGCUUUGGCUGCCGUUUCCAUGCGACCCAUACCUCUAGGACCUAUAAUGGAAAGGUUGACACUAAGCAAGGAAAAUCAUGGAAGCGUUAGGCAGUUCUUCAUUCAGGCACUCGAGGAUCGCUUGCUCCCGCCCAUUCGCCAAGAGAACAUGGUGAAACAGAACGUACCAGAAAGGGUAUACAAGAUUAGAGGGAGCGAUCAUUGUCCUUUCUUCUCCAAACCACUGUCAUUGCAUAAAAUUCUAGUCGAGAUUGCGAAAUUGCCGUGAGGCUAGCUGCCCAAAAUUGCAGGUUCAGAAAAAGAAUUGACGACAGUAUCUGAUUGCUGCUGUUCCAAAAGGGACAUACUUGCAAGUUGAGCACUCGUUCUGCUACUAAGAAUACAAUUUCAAAUCAUUUAAUUGCAGUUAUCAUUUCAUUUUCCCUUUUUCCUCCGUCAAUGAGCAGACCUGUGUAAAAUGAUAAAGACACCAAUUCAAUAGAAGAAUGCUGUUACAGUUGCACCAU